UAAUUAACUAACCAUCCGGAAGAAGGCGGCAACAAGCCCAACACCCUCGUUGCAGGCAGGCCCAGGGCAGACGAAGCGAUUUAUGGGUUCGUUCGUAUUGGUUCUCGGAUCCACACUCAGCGGCCUCUCUUCCUAGGUUUUAAGGCGGGCACAGGGUAGGGAACGCCCAAGGUCCCAGGCUCCCAGCUUUCCUACCCUGUCAACCUUCACGGCCUCUCCCUCGCUUCUGCGGCCACCAAGUUGAGGGGGACGGUUAGUCGACUGCACACCCCUACUGCUUUUUGGGGUAACGAAGGACGGUGUUUUCUUCGUGAACAAGAGAAUGGCUUUCUGGGGGGUGCAGAUAAGAUCCGGCCAGCCCUUCACCCUUCAAUCUGCAAACCAGAACGGCAGGCUCCAUAUAUCUCAGGCUACUUUGGGUGACGGUUCAUCGCCAAAGAAAAGUAUCCUCCAAUGCAACGUUGGCAAGAACGCCCCCGUUCUUUUGUGCUCCUUGCUUCCGGAUAGGUUGGAGUCAUGCUCCUUGAAUCUUGAGUUCGAAGAGGAGGAGGUUGUUGUGUUUUCUGUAUUGGGUCCAAGGAGCAUACACCUUUCCGGUUAUCACAUUGUUUCCAGCCAUACUCGUGACGAGAACGAUUCCGAUUCUUAUGGGGAAAACAUUGACAUUGAGAGUGAAACAGAUGAAGAAUCAAGCUAUUAUGACUCAGAAGAUGAAUGCGAUGAUUUUAUUGUUGAUGAUGAUGAGUCUUUAGAAUUUGACACAUCACCUAAACAUGUUAGUGGAGUUAAAAUUGAAGAGAUAAUAGAUGAUGAAGAACCCGAAAAGGUUAAUGAUGGAUCCAAACUCCAGCACCGUCGACCUUCUCCAACUGCAGAGAGAAAAUUCUUAACUGUAGAAGACUCUAGUGAAGAUGAAGAUGGUUUGUUCAUAAGUACCGGAAGGAGAAAAAAUCUUUCCAAAGUUGUUGAAGCUAAUGAAAAUCUAGAUAGGCAGCUACGGGAGGAAAAUGUUGGAGAAAGACCAGCAAAUGAUGAAAAGUGCCAUUCUACUGGUUCAAAACGGAAGAGUGAUUCUCUUGCUCUAGAUAAAAAUCAGAAUAACAGGAAAAGAGAUUCAUCUGAAAAAGGUCUUGAAAAUAGUAGGAAAUCAAAGAAGAAAAAAGAGAAAGGGAUGAUGAAGGAGGAUCCUGGAUCUGCACCUGACAUGCCAGUUGAUAAUGCAUCUAACAAUGCUUCUAAUUCUCAAGAUCAAAGUGGACUAGAGCAUGGUGCUGGGGAUGGUGAACAUGGUAACAUUGCCGUUUCCAAGAGUGCAGUGGACUGCAGUAUUUUGGAAGUUGAAGAGCCCAAGAAAAAAAAGAAGAAAAAGAAUAGUGCUGAAACUGGUCAAAACAUAGAUACUGACCAGUCCAAGGUGGCAAGCUCAGGUAAGAAAGGAGAGUUGGAAGAGGUUCCGUUGUUGGAAGACCAUGCAGAUGGGCGACUUAGAAAUGAAGCGAGAACCUUCCCAAAUGGCUUGAUUAUUGAAGAGAUAUCUAUGGGUAAACCCGAUGGAAAGCGAGCCUCCCCCGGAAUGAAGGUUUCUGUACACUUCAUUGGCAAGCUGAAGAAGAAUGGGUCAAUCUUUGAUUCCAGUGUGGGCCGGAAACCUUUUAAGUUCUGUCUAGGUAUAGGUGAAGUUAUCAAAGGAUGGGAUGUCGGAAUAAAUGGAAUGCGAGUUGGAGAUAAGAGGAGGCUAACCAUCCCUCCAUCCAUGGGGUAUGGAAGCACUGGAAUUGGAAAAAUACCAGGGAAUGCUUGGCUGGUAUUUGAUGUUGAGUUGGUGAAUGUUCGAUGAGGCGAUUCUUCUUGCAUUAACCUUGCAUUUAUCAUGUUUUACAGAGUCAUUUUUGAAACCUGACUAGUGAAAUGAGGUUUCUUUUUUGUUAAUGUUCUGCGGAGCCGAAGGCUUAUGCAUAUUUGUCAUCUGCAAAAUGGAACUCUGGUUUUGAGACAUGGAUAUGAUUAUGGUGAAGCCUGGUUGGAGGAAAAUUUUUGCCUGUAUUCUUUUGUAGCAUCUGAACCUGCUACUCCCUAAUCUUAUGGUUCAACGGCUUUUAUUCGUUUUCUCUGCA